CUUAAACCACAACCUACCACAACCACCGCGAUGGGAACGCGUGGGUACAGAGUGUAUCGCUACAAACGCCGCUAUUUCGUCACAUACAACCACUACGACAGCUACCCAAGAAUUUUUGGCGUGCAAGUCAAGAAAGAGGUACCAUCCGACGCAGUAGAAUAUCAGCUCUGGCUCGCAACGCUUCGCCAAAAGCUCGAGAAAGAAUUGGAGGCUCAUGCUGUUGACAAGAACGCGUCUGACUUUGAAAUCUUCCACCGCCCACCCGUGAAUGAUAUCUUCAUCGAGUGGAUUUAUGAGCUGGAUCUGGACAAUGAACUGUUUCUUGUUGAUAACUGUCCGAUUUUCUCGUUGAGGAACAUCCCCGCUGACGAUGAUGUGUUCUGUGCCUGCAUUGGAUUCAACAGCUAUGGCCACCGGAGCUAUUCGCCACGGACACCCGUCGAAUACCGCGACAGCUGGGUCGUUGCGCCGCCGCUCGUUGAUCAGGCAGCCAUUGCAGCUUACGCCGCUCUUGGGCCCGAGAUACUUGGCAUCGACGCCAUUUUAGACCGUCCGCCAGACAGGGAACCUCCACAGUGGGAGUUGGCCCGCAUCGCAUUCUAUGAAAUCGUUGUGGGCGGACGAAUGCGCGCCCAAUCAUUUGCAACGUCCAUUCAUGUGCUGGAAACUGUGAGGGAUCGCAGGGAUAUUCCCUUAUACAUCUCCUCAUGGGGAGCUGCGGUUCUGAGGCUGGGAAUACAGCGUCUCGACCUGAAUAACAUCAAAAACCGGAAACCUGGCUCCACCAUCGAUUCCGCACCUGUCUCGGCCCAACAGCUGCUCUGGAUUGUCCCCGAUACUGUUUGCGUACGAUUCUGCACGCACCUUGACGACGAGCGGGUUUGGAAGAAGGAGGCAGGUGAAAUGGGACACGAAAUGGAGCAAGUAGAGUCUGAAACCGUGUUCGGAAUCCUGUUUUCGCUUUUCCACUGCGCAAUCAUGAAGCGGGCGGACGGAAAAUUGCAAGUCACCCAAGCGAUGCAAUUCUUGCCAUCAUUGCACACAGACAACCCUUCAACUCCGGGCAUCGCGGCAGUUGCACGGCUCGGGCUAUGCGAAGCACUCAACAAACCGAGCGUAACCCGAAAGAGUCUACCCGGUCAUUUUCUGUCCUCCGUUCCUCCAGAAAUCAUUCAACAUAUAGUUGAGGAUCUCUCUACGACAGACCUGGACCACCUCUCGUGGGCAGCGCCCGCAAUAUUCGAGCCUCACGUGGACACCCUUCUGCGGCGUUAUUCGUAUGUCGGCGAGUAUCGCCUUGACCGCGUUCUCCCGGAGUCCGUCCCCUCCAACCUAAUCGAAGACGAAGACCUCCAAGGAUCCCCGUCGGGCCUGCCUGCCGCUCAUUCGCACUACUUCUCCGCGACCUUUCUCGGAAAACGGCAGUCCCAGGCCGCUGUGGAGCCUAAAAAUAUGGCAGACAUCCCAAAGUUGCAGGUUAUGAUCAACUCUGACAUGGUCUACCUCGACUAUGAGGACAAAUCGGUGGGAAAUUUCCAGUAUUGGGGCGAUGACUACUGGGAGUCUGAGAGUCACGACGACGACUAA